UGUCACAGGUACUUCGUGACGUCACCGGCUGCUCUCUGAAUCCAACAUGGCGGCUGCCAUGGAGCUGAGAUGCUGGGGAGGAGACUGGGGUUUGCCUUCCGUCCACAGCGAGUCUCUGAUAGUUCUGUUUGUUUCUGGUGUCAUCCCUUUUAUUUUCAGGCGUAUGCCAAGUUUUCAGGAGCAAAAGUUACAGUUUCUCCAGUUGACUGGACAUGGAAAACUCUCACAGCGACCGUCCCAGAGUUGCUUUGCGGAGACAUUGUAAUUCAAGAACCACCACACAUUCUCAGCUUCUUCAGGAAACAGAGGUUUAAUGCAGAUUAUGAACUGACAGCCAGACAAGGAGCAGACACUAUGGCAUACAUCGCUCUGCUUGAAGAGAAACUGCGACCAGCUCUAUUGCACACUUUCUGGGUGGAUGCAGAAAACUACUCAAAUCUAACGCGGCCAUGGUUCGCUUCACGUUCGCCCUUCCCUCUUAACUUUCUCGUCCCUAGUCGCCACGCCAGCGCUGCCCUCUCACGCAUCCUUUUAACUAAAGGAGAAGCACCGUUACACAGAAUCACUGAGGUGGAGGGAAAGAUCUACAGUGAUGCUAAAGAGUGCCUGAAUCUCCUCUCCUACCGACUGGGAACAGCAAACUACUUCUUUGGCAACUCACCAAGCAGUCUAGAUGCCUUUGUGUUUGGUUUUGUGGCUCCACUGCACAAAGCCAGUCUUCCCAGCAGCCCUCUGCAGAGCCACCUCAGACAGCUGGAUAACCUCACACGCUUCUGUGACACCAUCCUCGCUGUCUAUUUCAGCUCAGAGCACCCAUGUUCUUCCCCACCUGUUCAGGAAACAAUGGAUGCCAACCUACAAAAACUAACCCAACUUGUAAACAAAGAGUCCAACUUGAUAGAGAAGAUGGACGAUAACCUGCGCAGCAGCCCUCAGCACAAACCUCACAGACCGGACACCAAACCCAGUUUGUCCAGUGAGAAGAGCUCCACCCCUGCCUAGCCUGACCUUUAACCCUGAUCCAUUCCUAUGAAUCCAGGUGGAGCAUCCUGUACGUGAAAGGUGGUGCUUCAAUUGUGACUUGGCAACCAAGUUAUGAAAUAGAACCUAAAUGAACUAAACCACAUUACAUAAAAAUAUUAUUAUUUAAUUCUAAAAAUGCUUUUUUUAAGCAGAUAGUGAUAAUAGAUUGGAACCCUGUCUGAAAGAGAAGGAAAAGUGCAUGUGUGAUGUUAAAAAAAGUAACUUGCAUGUACAGUAUGUGGUGAAGGAAGUUCUCAAAGACAAAGCAAAAGAAAGUUAAGAUGGAAGCCAAAGGAAGGUUCAGCAGGUUGGCUGUAUGUUGCACAGUUUGAUUUCUGAGUGUAAAACUCUUUAUGUUGUGCUUUUUUUCUUGCCCAUUUUAAUAUAGAUAAUGUCAGACCUUCUGUGCCCCUCUACUCACCCGUCCAUUCUAAUAUCCACUGUAAAAUGUUCUGUAAUGAAGAACAUUUGAACUAGUGCAAUAUACAGUAUAUAUGCAGUCAUGGCUUUAGGAAUAACCAGUUACUUGCUUCGCUUUUCUCUAGCUUGUGUAAAUAACAGUUUCAUGAAGCAAAUCUGAGGAAUUAACUGGUGGUUCUCUCUGAUAGGGCUGAUCUACUUGUUUGUUUACUAGAUGCACUGAGGGAAUUGAAGGGCCUCACAACAAUGUUCUUAAUGUUUGUGGAUUUUCACAAGGACUAUCGCUUUGUAGUGUGUUUUUCUUGGUUUUUCCUAACGCAUUAAUUUGGUAUUGUGGAUUUUCAUGCUGUUAUUAUUUAUGGUGCCUUUUUAAUGGUCACUGUAAUGCCUGUCCCACCCGAGAGUGUCUCAUGAGCUGCCUUUCAUCUGUUUUUAUUUUGAAAGUGUCAUCAUCUAUUUCAGCUAUUAGCCUUUUUUCUCAUUCAGUCAUGUUCAGUGUCUCAGUGCACACAUUCCCUUUUUAAAGCACCAUCCUCUGAAGCACAAAGGUUCAUCGUGGGGGUGUUUGCUAAGUGCGUUUGGACCAUAUCAGUGCAGUGUGCCUUCAUGACUGCUGGUGUCAAAAUGAGCUCAUACAUGAUACAGUGUCAUAAUUUCCAUUGACUGUUGCUGUUUGUUCAUAAUUGGUGACAAUGAUGAAAUACAGACAUAUUAAUCUAA